AUGCCAACCAUUUCACGGAAUCAUUCCUCGGGCGGUGAAAGCUAUCACGGAAAACCACUACGUGGACGAUCUUUGGACAGCGUAGAUACGGUAGAAGAAGCAGUGAAGUUGAUCAACGAAGUGAAACAAAUCCACUCGUAUGCUGGUUUCGAAAUCCGUAAUUUCUGUUCCAAUUCGGCAGCAGUUCUUGGUAGUAUCGGGGAACCGGGUGCCCCAGCGGAGGUAUCCUUAAAUCUUGAAAAUAAUCUUGGGACAGAGUGUGUUCUUGGAUUGGUUUGGAGACCGACUGAGGACGUAUUCACCUUCGACCUGAGCUAUAUGAAGGAAGAAAUUAAGAAGCUGAUUGCAGAUUCAGCGGCACCCACCAAACGUCAGGUUCUGCGUACCGUGAUGUCGUUAUUCGACCCACUGGGAUUAAUAUCCCACUUCGUAGUGCAUGGGAAGAUUCUUAUGCAGCAGAUCUGGAGAUGCGGAACAGACUGGGAUGAACCCAUUGCAGGAGAGUUGUUGCCAAAAUGGCGUUAUUGGUGUCUGUACAUGCAGCGGCUUGGAGAAGUGACUGUGCCUCGCUGUUUCUUCAAAGGGAUGAACAGCUAUGCCCUCGAAGACGUCGAGGCCCAUUUAUUUGUGGAUGCCAGUGAGGCGGCUUGUGCUGCAGUUUUGUAUUUACGAUGCAUUCAGAACAGUGUUCCCAAAUGUGCUCUAAUAGCGGGCAAAACAAAAGUCGCUCCGCUAAAACCGAUCUCUGUACCCCGUUUGGAGCUGCAAGCGGCUAUGAUAGGAACGAGGAUGAUGGACUCUGUGUUGCGGUCUUUGGAUAUCCAUGUUAGCAGGCGAUAUCUCUGGUCUGACUACUCCACCGUGCUUUGUUGGUUGCGGUCCGAUAGCCGUCGAUAUUAUCAGUUUGUGGCUGUCCGAGUGGGGGAGAUCCUCACGUUAACCAGUGCGGAUGAGUGGCACUAUGUGCCAUCGAAAAUAAAUAUCGCCGACGCAGCCACGAAAUGGAAAGAAGGCCCUAGCUUCGAUCCGAACGAUUCAUGGUUCACCGCACCGGAAUUUCUGCGCAAGUCCCGGGAUGAAUGGCCAAUGGAACCUGCGCAAAAUGGAUCAGAAACUGAAACUGAACUACGCUCUGUAUUCCUAUACCAUGGAACAGUGCCUCAACUGUUAUUGGAUUUUAACAGGUUCUCCAACUGGCUCCGCCUAGUGAGGACAGCGGCUUAUGUGCUGCGAGCAGUGCGCAGAUUCAGGGGCGAAAAGUUUCUCCGUCCUAAAGUCUUGACCAAAGAAGAACUUUUGGAGGCAGAGAACAUGAUAUGGCGUCAGGUACAGAACGAAGCGUAUCCGGACGAAUACGCAAUCCUUCAGCGUAGUUUGACACAGGUCUCAAAUCCAGUUUCAAUCCCGAAGUCGAGUCCGCUGUAUCGGCUUUCAGCAUUCGUAGACGAAUUUUGCGUGGUUCGAAUGAAUAGUAGGCUGAGUGCAGAGCAAACCUUAUCGUAUGGAUUGAGGCAUCCGAUUCUACUUCCAAGACUGCAUCCGGCGGUUCACCUUCUGGCGGAAUAUUACCAUCGACGAUAUUUGCACGGUAACGCAGAAACGAUUUGUAACGAGAUGCGCCAAAAGUUCUUCAUACCAGGGUUGCGAAUCCUUAUCCGUCAAGUGUCAAAGCAGUGUUUAACUUGCCGUAUCAAGAAGUCGGUUCCCCAGCCUCCUAUGAUGGCUCCUCUACCCCAAGCUCGAACUCAAACUAUGGUAAGGCCCUUCACUCACACGGGAGUGGACUACUUCGGACCGAUAAUGGUUAAGCAAGGGCGAAGCUUAAAGGUAGCUUAA